AUGGAUGGUCGCCUGCAUGCCCUUGAUGCUGUAAAUGGUGGAAGAGUGGUAUGGGUGGCUGAUUUCGAUGCUGAAGCGCUACUAUGUGGAACGCUAGGCAAAGUUCAGCCAAUGAAAGUUGAUGGUCGCCUGUUCAACCUCAUUCCUGCUCUUGACGGCACACUUUACAUGUAUUCACGUGAUGAACAUCUUCUUGAACCAAUACCUCUUAACACGGAUCUUCUUCUCCAGGCGUCGAUUCGUGUUGGUCAUGAUGCAGUGGCAGGAGGACGUACAAUAUCCACUACUGGAGUGGAUCCCUUAACUGGAGAGGUGCGUUAUCACUGUUCAUCUUCACAUUGCGAUUCCCUUGUGACCGAUCCGGUGUCAUCUACGCUUGUUUUUCGUCGAAGUACCAGUAAAGUUCGUGCUGUUGAUGCAUUAACUGGUCACGAAAGGUGGAAUUUAUCUGUAUCGGAGUACGAUGCGACGCUGGUCACGUUAAAUCGCGGAGAGCUUUACCCAAGAGGUGCUAGGAUUCGAUAUCUUGUGCAACCUCCGGACGGAAUCGUAACGGCCUAUGAUCAAUGUGGUAACGAGUUGUGGUCUCGUCAACUCGGUAGCCACAUAGCGCAUACUUGGAAGUUAGAGGGUGGAGAGUUGAGUGAGGUUUCUCUUUUCAACACAGAGAAUAUUCAUACUUUGUCAAUAACUGAUGGACGGCCAGGUUCUGCUGCGGGUGCGACACCUAGAUCGGAAUCGUUGUUUUAUCUAGGUUCGAAGUUAUACACAAUAUUACACCUGAUACUUAAAGGCAUGUUCCGCUAUCUUGCUUUACCGAAAGUGGGGUUCAAGAACGAAUGCGACGAGUUAUCGCGUAUUGGUAUCGUGACUACAUCAAAUCUCUCCCUGUACCUAAUCAUUCUCACCAUUUCGAAAGAAAGAGCUUGCAGCGUAGGAACUCCAUCACCACAAAGCUUUUAG